AUGUCGAACGCCUGGAAUAUUAAACGCUCGUAUGAGUACGGACUUUGUUACGAGUUCUACCCCGACUACCAGAUGUGUACGGAUCCGAAUAUACAGUCCGGCUGUGGAGAUGUAGCCUCAGCAGGCCAGCAAUAUGGGCUAGAAAUUCUGCUGAAUGUUGAUCAAGAACAAUCCAUUCCGUUUGUAACAUCAUCUACUGGUGUAUUAGUCAUCCCGUCACAUGUAUUCCACGACCAUGUCGAAACAAAUCAAGGGAUAUUUGUGCCUAUUGGAUUCGAGGCAAACGUUGCUUUAAGGAAGGAAUGUAUUAAAGAUUACCGAGAGAUUCACAUUCUAGAGGUGUGUGGCUGUUUGCAUCACUUUUAUGAAACCGGUAUGCUCAAUGCUUCUAUCCCACCAGAGAAGUUGAUGGAUCCAUACACUGGAGAUAUACCUUGCUUUACGGAUGUACAUCUGAACUGUGUUCGCGAGACGCUUGCUCAAUUCGUUUUUAAAACGCCAGCAAGUUUUGACAAUUGCCUGCCAAGCUGCGAGGAAGACUCUAUCGAGAAGAGACUAGUGUUAUUGAAUUGGCCGAAUGAGUUCUUUACUCCAAUUCUUCGACGAAUAGUAAAAUCAAAGUUACCAAAGUAUGACUUGGAGUCAUUUAACAGAGAUAAAAUCAGAGACAACAUGCUUCUUAUGCGUGUGUAUUUGGACACACUCUCAUACGAACAUGUCAAGGAGGAGUACUCUUAUGGGAUUGUGAAUUUCGUCAGCGAUAUCGGAGGACAACUUGGACUUUGGGCAGGUUUUUCGAUUUUGUCCGUGCUGGAAGUGAUAGAACUGGUGCUGCUUGUGUUCGCAAUGAGGAAAAGGCAAAACGAGACAAGGGAGCGGGAGGCCACAUCUGUUACGAAAGUCCAACCUAUUGUGAAUGACACGGAUGCUCCAGUGAAAGACAAACUUUAUAUUUAA